AUGACCGACACAGAGCGAGAUAGCAACCCCGGUGGCCUAGCUCCCGCCCAUGUGACCACCGAGGCGCCGAAACCGCUGCCCAAGGGAGUUGUUUUGGGCAAAGAUGGAAAGCCGAUUUCAUCGCCCGUCAAUGAUUGCCCUCCCGAUGUGGAAGCCCUCGGUCGCGGGACUUGGGCGUUGCUUCAUUCCAUAGCGGCGACAUACCCUGAGAAGCCCUCAUCAACGCAGAAGGAGGACUUGCGUGGCUUCAUGCGGCUGUUUUCCAGGUUGUACCCAUGCUGGGUGUGUGCUGAAGAUUUCCAGUCAUAUAUGCAGAAGGAACAGGUGCGCGUUGAGGGCCGUAGUGAAUUUGGCAACUGGCUGUGUGAGGCACACAACGAGGUGAAUCGCAAGCUGGGAAAGAAAGAAUUCGACUGCAGCAGGUGGGAAGAACGUUGGCGAACGGGCUGGAAAGAUGGCCGUUGUGACUAA